AAGACACCUCUUUCCUGCAGGAAAUUGAUGACCACACUCUCCCCUCCUUAUCUCCUCCUCCUUCUCCCUGCUUACAAGCUUAGAUAAAUAAAUCAGUAAUCAUCGUAUCAUAUGUAAAAAUAUAUAUAUAUAUAAAUAAAGUGAGGUUUUUUUAAAAAAAAAAACUAAUUAAUCUCCGGCAAGAGUGGUUGUUGAUCGAUUUUCUCAGUAUAGAUCUUCCCCCAUCACAGAGAAAAUGGAAUUCGACGAGCACGAAGAGCAAGAAGAAGAUAUGAUGGAGAUUCCUACUCCACCGCCGGGGUAUGAGUCGGUGAGUAACUCAGCCAGGCCCAAAAUGGGGUCCAACCGCGGAGAGUCAACGAAAGGCGGCGACGGCGGCGGGAGCACGAUGUCGUUCAGGUACAGAGAAUGCCUGAAGAACCACGCGGUGAGCAUAGGCGGGCACGCCGUGGACGGCUGCGGCGAGUUCAUGGCCGCAGGAGAGGAAGGAACCCUCGACGCCCUCAAGUGCGCCGCUUGCAGCUGCCACCGCAAUUUCCACCGCAAGGAGACCGACGGAUCAUCGGAGCCUUCCUUGUUGUACCGCCAAUUCUCACCUUACUAUCGCUCCGCACCGCCACCUCAGCAGGCAGGGUACCACCACUUCCGCUUGACGACGGCGUCGCAGCAUCACAGGCCGCCUCUGCCUUUGCCGGCGGGCUCGGGGGGCGGCGGUCACAGCCGGGAGGGGGAGGACAUGUCUAACCCUAGUAGCAGCGGCGGCGGCGGUGGCGGUGGCGGUGGCGGGAGUUCCGGGUUGAAAAAGAGGUUUAGGACGAAGUUUAGCCAAGAGCAGAAAGAGAAGAUGCUUGCGUUUGCAGAGAGUGUCGGGUGGAGGAUCCAGAAGCACGACGAGGCGGCGGUGGAACAGUUUUGUACCGACACUGGCACCAAACGCCAUGUCCUAAAGGUCUGGAUGCACAACAACAAGCAAACUCUCGGUAAGAAACCCUAAUUUCUAAUAAUUAUUUGUUCCACGUUCAUGGGAGUGUGGAAUCCAUUAAAAUCGUGCUGUAAAUUGAACGGAGAUCCAUAUAACGAGCUAGGGUUCUUUUCGAUCAUUAUUAUUGUUUUUGUUUUUGUUUUUCUAGUUUUCAUACAUAUAUUUUUCCCAA